AUGAAUGAGUAUUUCAGAGAACUGGUUUUGCAGGAUCCAUUGUAUCUUGCUAUGUGUAAAUGUGUUAAAGAUGAAAGAGAAAUGUACGAUUAUCAAAAUUUCUUUCCAGGAUGGGGGGAAACAAUAGUGAAUUAUAGAAUGGUAAUUCAAGAGUUGUUUAAGGUAGAGAGACUGGAAGUAGAAGAUUUUACUAGACGUGUACAAUGUCAAUAUCAAAGGUUUGUAUUUAAGUUAGGGCAAGGCUAUCCACAACAAAUGAAGAGAUUUUUCAGGUUGGUUUUAUCCCUCCCAAUGUGUGAAUACGAAAGAAGCCUAUUCUCUCAUCAAAAGGAAAUAAUGAAACAGUUGAUAUGCGAGAUGCUUUACUUCAAGACUGAUAAAGGUAUUCUUACAGACUCUUACACCGUUGUGUUUGUGGAAUUAGACCUUGAUUCUUUCGAACGGAAUGUCCACAAUCUGAGACCAGUGAAAACGGACAAUAAGCAGAAAGUAGUUCCAAUCAAGUAUCUGAUUCGAGACUGCCACUCAGCGAAACCUAAUUUGCGAGAAUCAUUAUUGGCAUACAUCUAUAAUUCAGUAGAGGAGGAUUCAAAGAUGGUAAUCAAACAAAAAAGGGUUCACAAAUUAGAAGAACAUCUAAAGCUAUCUGGGGAAACAUUGUCAGACGCCAUUUUGAGUGAGGAGAGUCAGGAUCUGUCAGAGGGUUCUCGAAGCCUCCCCAGCACUAGAAGUACUAACAUGUCCGUGCUAGAAACUGUUGAUGAAACAAGCGAAGACGAAGCAAACGCUGGCGAAAUAUCUAUCAACGUGCCCAGUAACAGCAGCAGCUACGUGUUAAUGCAGAAUUCAGAUGCGUUUAAUACACAAUUAGUUAAACUAGGAGCUACUUACUUCAAGGAAUUUUUGUUAGAACAGAUCGAUGACAUCCAGACUUUAGUUGCUAAGGUGUACGACCCGCGCAUGGCUAACCUAUAUGAAUUUAAAGGUUAUACUCUCCAAGAAAAGGAAGACAUUUGUUAUGAAUGGUACCGCACCGAAAAGGUGUGUUAUUCUAUCUUGUCCAGAGAUCCUGAAUUCAAUAGUUGCUACGUACGUCAGAAAAUGGGGAAAAUCAUGGUUACCAUGGACAAACUGUAUGUUGCGAAAGGGUACUUCAACAUAUUUCGAUACAUCGAGAAAAUCCCGUUACCGAAGGUCCAGGAAACAUACGAGAAAGCCAAGAAGCAGUUGGAGGUGAUUCACCGGAACGGAAUAAUACACAGGGAUAUCAGAGAAGAUAAUAUUCUCUGUACAAAAGAAGGCCAUGUAUAUAUCAUUGAUUUUGCGCUAGCUAAGCCCAGAGUUAAUAAUUAUGACUGUGGACUGGAGCAGCAAGACCUUCUUGCUUUAGAUGAUGUGUUUGCAUGA